UUACCUCAUUCCCUCUCUACGACACCGCAUAAUUACAAAUUUUAGUUCCCAUUACGGAAUAAACGAUAAGUUUAUCAAAUGUAUUGCCAACCUAACCUAAAUGACAAGUGAGCUGUCUUAUUUUUAGUAAUGGAGACGUGUACAAAAUUGAAUUUAUGUUAAAUUAAAUGAACCUAUUCAAAUCAUUUGAUUUACAUUAGUAUUUUAUAUCUAAGUAAUUAAUAAUUAAAAGCCACGAUGGAAGAGGAAUUGUUGCAGACUUCUAACAAGAAGGGUGCAGUUUCACAAGCCUGGACAAGACUAUCACAGUGGUACCAAUCAUUAGUGGACAAGACAGUACCCUGGCAAAAAGGUCGAUGGCUCGGUGCCGUUCUCCUAGUGCUAGUUUUUAUGGCCCGAGUGCUUUACGCACAGGGAUGGUAUAUAGUCACAUAUGCAUUGGGCAUAUAUCACCUAAACUUAUUUAUAGCAUUUCUAACGCCAAAAAUAGAUCCCGCCAUGGAUUUUGACUCGGAAGAAAAUGGCCCUGAACUUCCAACAAGGGCGAACGAGGAGUUCCGGCCGUUCAUCAGGAGGCUGCCGGAAUUCAAAUUCUGGUAUUCCGUGACAAAGAGUACUUUAAUAGGUUUAGUCUGCACCUUCUUUGAAUGUUUCAACAUCCCAGUAUUCUGGCCUAUCUUAGUCAUGUAUUUUAUCACACUAUUUUGUAUCACAAUGAAGAGACAGAUAAGGCAUAUGAUCAAAUAUAAAUACCUACCAUUCACUCACGGUAAACCCAAGUACCAGAGUCAUGAGGAACCAGCAGGGAAAUGACCGAAAUAAAUUGAUUAGCAAUGAAUUUAUAACCAAAAACAGUAAUAUAAAGAUUAAUGUGUUAAUUUGCGAGGAGGUGAAUGUAUGAUGUGGCCUUCACUUAACAUAUUAAUCUACAUAUUAGUACCUUAUGUAUAUUUUCCUAAAAAUUCUAUAACUUACAAAUAUACUGUUUAUUUAUUAGAAUUUUCUUUACACGUUGCAUUUAUUAAUUCUUUUGUAUAUAUUUUCAGAAUUUUUAAUACAUAGCUUGAAAGCUAUUUUUAACCACCCAUUUUUUCUGGAUUAUAGUCGUAUUAAAUUAUUUUUUUAUUUGUAAAUAAAAAUUGGUUAUUAUUGCUAUGAUCUAAUAAUGGUAUCUCCUGUAUGACGUGUGGAAUUUGUGAACAUGUUAAUAAUAAGAGCGUUUAAUAAAACAUUAAAAGUC